AUGGAAGACCACGGCGAUGAAGUGGCGGCCGAUUUCCGUGAGGCGCUCCAGGACUUGACCACCAAUGCUCGCUUUGAAAUCGUCACAUUGACCAACAUCGCCCGAGAGAACGCCGACCAUGGUCUGGCCAUUUCAGAGGUCCUCACAAAUCACAUCAAAGAGGCACCCGCCUCCAAAACCCUACCCGCCCUCUACGUCCUGGACUCGAUCGUGAAGAAUGUCCCGACUCCCUACGCCCUAUAUUUCGGCCCCAAGCUCUAUCAAAUCUUCAUGGGUUCCUACACCAAAGUCGACAACGCGACACGGAGAAAGAUGGACGAAAUGCUGAAGACAUGGAAGGAACCUGUAGCCGGGUCCAUCUCCAAGAAACCGGUCUUCCCACUUGAAUUGGUUCGACCCAUUGAGAACGCUCUGCUGGCUGCGCGCAAUGCCUACAUGGAGCAAGUCAAAUUCCAGACCCAUCUCAUGCGAGGGCGUCCGGCCGGCCCGCCUGCUAGAGAUACGCCGACACCUCCCAUGGGCAGAGCUUACCAACCACCACCACCACCACCACCACAUGGACAGCCGUCAUAUCAGGGACCACCUAAUGGACAGUACCCGCCGCCUGGAGAACAGGCCUAUCCCAUGCGCUCCGGGAACGUAAGUGCUAGUGUAGCUCUCAUUCAUGCCGUUCGUGUUGCUAAUACAUGUCUACAGACACCCAAUGGCGUCCCUAACCGUACUACGCCACCGCAGCCUGCUCCAUCAGCCGGGCCAUAUGCUCACUACCAGCCACCUCCCAACCAAGGUCCCUAUGGUGUUCCUCCAGCUCCAGGAAUAAACAUAGACAAGUUGAAAGAUGAUAUCCAGCAGUUGAUCGAGCUGGACAGGGCGGGUUUUGCCCAGAACAUGCAUGAUGCUAGUAAACAAAACAGACUGAAGGCUUUGCUGGAUUUGCAAAAAGUAGUCCAGAGCCAAAACCUGCCUCAGGAGCAGUUGAUGAUCAUAAGCGAUCAAGUUGCUAAACUUGCUGUAAACAUGCGCGCUGCCCAGGCGCAGCCACCGCCAUCAUAUCCUCCUGCUCUGCCACCACCAUACAACACGCACACCCCAACACCUCCUGUUGUAACUCAACAGUUUGCACCUCCCCCAGUUGCUGCCGCUGCUCCUCCACCUUCUGUACUGCCCCAAUUACCAGCGGUACUAGCGGCGGCUCUGGGACGUCCGGCAUCAAAUGUUGCUCCCGUGCCCGUGGCAGCGGCACCACCACCACCAGUCCGUCCGACAACCACCGCAGGAGGUGCCGCUCCGGGAACACUAUCUCUCGAUGCGAUUCUUGGCCAGGGCGCUCUGGCUGCGCUUUUGGCGGCCAAGAAACCUGCCACCCCUCAACAGUCAUCUACUGCGCCGGUUCCGCCGCCGGCGGCUGUACCACCUGCUUUGGCCGCGCUGCGAUCACCACCACAACAAGCAGCUCCAUUUCAACCACCACCAGCACCACCAGUUGCUCAACAACAACCGCCCGCUGCGGCAGCCAACCCGUUGACACAGAACCCAUCGGCUUUAUUGGCUAUGCUACGGCAGUCCGGCCUUCUCGGCGGCACCCCCGGCGUACCUACACCACCACCCGCCAUCCCAUCUCUCCCACCCCCGGAUCCGAACAUCAUAACUCUCACCCCUGCCUCUCUCAAAUUCCCCCGCCUGCAUCUGUUGCCUUAUCUCCUCGAUCACCUCGGCCCCCCCUGCUCCCAGUGCGGCCGCCGCUUCCCCACCACGGAAGAAGGCAGAAAGAAGAAGACGCAGCACAUGGACUGGCACUUUCGUGUUCAUCAGCGUGUUGCUGAGGCUGAGCAAAGGGGUCAGCACCGGUCGCAGUUUGUGAGCGAGCUUGAUUGGAUUCAGAGUCACGAGGAGCCGGAUGUGGAUUAUAACGCCCCCAGCGGCGGGGGCGGGUCAGGAGAGGGGGAUGGGAGCGAGAGUGAUGAUAAUGAUUGGUCUGCUGCGGUAAAAGGGGGGAGGAGGAAGAAGAAUGAGAAGAAGAAGAGGUGGAUCACCGCGCCUGAUGAGGGGGAUGGGACGGGGACGGGGACGAACAAGGUCUGCCCGAUCUGCCAGGAGAAA